ACACAAUAGCAUGAUUUAUGAAUAUAUCUCAUUUUAUACAGUGUCGGAAAAAAGCAGUACUACUCGUCGGCCAGUAAAUCCUAACACAUCUGAUGAUGAUGACGCUGCGGAAGCAGGUCCAUCAAAAGAAGUAUGGAGCAGCAGAAGUGGCUCUUCUGUUAGACAUCACCACAAGAAACCUGUGGCCGAAAAGAAAGCAAGGUCGUCUGUCCCGCCACAAACACAGCAGGCUACCCCGCCACGAAGAUUAUCGUCCGUAUGUUCUGUCCCCCCACUCCAAAUUUUGGACACACCUCCAAGACGUCAUCCACACUCCCCUCAUCUUGAUUCUUCGAGUCCUGGGAACAGCAUCCCUCCGCAACAACACCAACACAGUGACAUGGAGGAGACAAACAUCUUAGAAAUGCAGCCAUUAAUGCAAGGAAUGAGCCCCCCAGCACCUGUGAGUACACCACCACAACAAAGCACACCACCCCCACCACAACACAGCCCAACAACACCAGGAACACAAGGCCCUGAUCAGGUGUUUUGGACUAUUUGGGCUAGACAGCAGGCCACUAAUGAAGAUUGCCUGCGUAAGCAGACACAAAUGUUUGCAAGCCUACCAUCUCACCUCAGAAGAAUCUCCAGAAAUCUGAGUCGACAAAAUGAGCAAACAACCAGAAUAGGCAAUACCAUGGAACUCAUGCGUACAGACAUUACACAGGUCAUGGGCAACUUACAGCGCAUAAUGGAAGAACAGCACAGACUAAUGGAAGAACAGCACAGACUAAUGGAAGAACAGCACAGACAACAGCAAAGUUAUAUGAGCAUUUUUCAAAACAGUCAAAAGAUUAAUGAAAGCUUAUUCAGAAUAGUAGACAAUCAAAAUGCUGCUACACGUGAACUCAAUGCCACCCUCACUAACCUGAAUGAAACACUCAGAUGCAUGCACCAACAGCAAACAACCAGCAGUUCUGGUACGACUACUCCAAAUAUCACGCCAGUCUCAUCACCACCAAGACGGUCCAACAGAGCACGCCAACAUGACAGUGCUAAAGGCAAAGGGCAGGACAAGCAGCCACCAAAAAAAACGUAACAAUUUUUUUUUAGACAUUUGU